CAGUGUUCCCAUAUAUGCCUAUAGUUAUCUUUCUAUACGUUCUUUUUCUUUCAAAGUCCGCCAAUGCCAUAAACUUAGCUGUCUGUUCCAGAAAUUUGUUAGUUUUUUAUUCUUUGCAUUAUGAAAGAAAUGAACGCUAAUACGUUGUCUUUCCUUGACAAGCAAAUCAAAAUGGACUCAGCAAAAGAAGCCGAAGAAUUAGCGAAGGCGAUAGAAUCGUUUUCGAAUAUGGAGGCAUUGGAGUUGAGAGGAAAUACAGUCGGUGUUGAGGCAGGAAAAAGAAUAGCGGAAGCAUUAGAGAUGCAUCCAGAAUUGAAAAAAUGCUUAUGGAGCGACAUUUUUACCGGACGUUUGAAGUCAGAAAUACCCCCGAUACUGCGGCAUUUGUGCUCGGCUAUAAUGAACGCUGGUUGUCAUAUUGAGGAAAUGGACCUGUCUGAUAAUGCGUUUGGCCCGAUUGGAGCUGAAGGAAUUUCAAGUUUCUUGGUCUCCCCUUCCGCGUACUCCUUGAAGAUUUUGAAGCUGAAUAAUAACGGUCUAGGAGCUGGAGGAAAGGUUAUUGCGGAAUGUCUGGCGCAGUGCCAGUGGAAUGCACUUCGCGAUGGACACUCAUUUGAGCUAAAAACUUUUAUUGCUGGCCGUAAUCGAUUAGAAGAUCCUGGUGCGAAAGCGCUGGGAGAAACCUUCUUGGCACUCCAGUCUUUGGAAGAGAUUCGUCUACCACAGGACGGCAUUCGUCCAGCAGGAAUUUGUGCUCUUGCUCAUGCAUUUGCCUUCAACACUGAUCUGCGAAUUAUUGAUCUCAACGACAAUACCUGCACCAAAAAAGGUGCCAUGGCUCUAGCCAAGGUUCUUGGCGAGCUUACUCACUUGGAGACUUUGGAUCUUGGAGAUUGCUUGUGUCGUAAUGCAGGAGUGAAAGCGAUCUGUAAGGCUAUCUUUGAUGGAAGGCAUAAUAGGCUAAAGUACGUGGAUCUUUCUGGUAACGGACUAUCCGCUGACACAGCUAAAAGCAUCAUUAACAGCUGGAAAGAACUGUAUGCAGAUCGCGGCAAAGAAGUAUUGCUGAAACUUUCAAACAAUUGCUUUGGUUCAAGUUUCAAUGAACUUGCGAGGCUGGGUCGGCAAGCUCGUGUUGAGCUAGGAGACAUAGAUGAUGACGAAGGAUCAUCUACUGAUGAGGAUUCUGACGCAAACAAUGACUCCGAAGAGGAUGAGGAUAAAGAAAACAGCGAAAACAGAAACGAUGCUAAGGGCGAUGACAUGGAUCUAAAUGCUUUAUUGAAAGGUGUAGGUUGUAUGAAAGUCGUAGAGCAAAAGGCGAAUGGUGCUAACGAUGGAGAUGCUGUCUCUUUCCUGGAUAAACAACUAAAACUUGACACAGCGCAAGAUGCUGAACCUGUUGCAAAGCAAAUUGAGGAACAAAAACGGAUGCGUGUAUUAGAACUGCGCGGAAAUACACUUGGAAUUGAAUCAGGGAAACGCAUUGCUGAUGCUUUGAAGAAACAUCCGGAGCUAGAGCGCUGUCUAUGGAGCGAUAUGUUUACCGGCAGACUCAAAAACGAGAUCCCUCCAAUAUUGAAGUGUUUGUGCUCGGCAAUGAUGUCAGUGGAUUGUCAUAUAACAGAGCUAGAUCUCUCCGACAAUGCAUUUGGGCCUAUUGGAGCUGAAGGUAUACAAGAGUUUCUUGUUUCUCCAGCUGCUUAUUCGUUAGAAGUUUUGAAACUGAAUAACAAUGGUCUUGGAGCGGGUGGAAAGGUGAUCGCACAAUGUCUUUCUCAAUGCCACGACAAUUCUGUGAAAGCCGGUAGGCCACUGAAGUUGAAAACUUUCAUAGCGGGUAGGAACCGUCUCGAAGUUCCUGGAGCCACGGCUCUAUCAUCAGCAUUCGCGAAAAUUGGAACGCUUGAAGAGAUUACCGUACCUCAGAAUGGUAUCACUGCCAUGGGCAUAGGGGCGUUGGCAUCCUGCUUUAGAGCGAAUCCCAACUUGAAAGUGAUCAAUUUCAAUGAUAAUACAGCAACGCAGAUGGGUAGCGAAGUUAUCGCGAAGUCUCUCUCAGCUCUGAAGAAGCUGGAAGUUUUGAAUUUGGGUGACUGCUUAUGUCGAGAUCAAGGAUGCCACGCCAUUGUGGAUGCACUAUCACCCACGGUGCAUAAGAACUUGAAAAUGCUUGACAUCUCGGGAGCGGAGUUGUCUGGUGCUGCUGCAAAACAAAUCAUAGAAAAGUGGAGGAAGUUCUCAUCUGGAGCGCAACUGAUAGUUUCAUCCAAUAACUUCGGCAGUAUGUUCGCACAAAUAAAGAAGAUGGCGGGAGCGAACAUCGUUGUGGGCGAUGAAGACGAUGACCAAGGUUCCGUAAGUUCCGAUGAUGAUGAAAGGAUGAGUGCUGAAGAUAGUGAUAGUGAUGGUACCGACGAAGAAGGGGAUGUAAAGUUAGAUUCUGCAGAAGAGGGAUAUGAUGAGUCCGACGAUCCCAGUAGACUUCUCCAGUCAUGCAAGGAUGAUAUUGAAAUUUCUAUAGACCGAUUUGAAUCUGCUACGCAGGAGGAGUCCGCACGUUUGAUCUUAAGACUGGCAGCAAUCUUAGCGAAAAGUUCCAAGAAAGAGGAAAUUGUUGAAGAAGUUUUCGAUGAAGUCGUAAGCACUGCAGCAGACAUUAUUGUCAGAGUAAAAUCUGUUCAUCGCCGGCCGAACUCUACCACAACUCAACUUGUGAAUCAUCUUAUUGCUCAAGCUGGAUUCGUUAAGUGCGAAGAAAAGUGGGAUAUACCUGUGGAUCGCGCUGCUCUUGGCAAACUUCUCCAUUCACUUAUUUCACGCUCAGUCCUUGAUAAAGAGCGUGAUGUGAUUCGAAACUACUUUGGUCAACCGUAAGCAAUACCCUAUGUGCGGAACGCUAAUCGAAUUUGGUUGUAUUCAUAGGUAGUCUUAUAUAUGUAUCCACUAAGUUGUGCAAUUACAAUUAUGAAGCCUUAACUAGACUUUGAAAUAUGUCGUUAUUAUACUCGUCACUGUGUAUUGUGUCCGCGGUACGCGACGAAUGGAAUGCUUUCGCACCGUCGAUUUCUAGAUUAUCUGUUCGCGUUCAUGAGAGAGAGC